AUGCGUCAUGGCAACGGCAGCGAUGGUGAUAUGGAAGUUGCAUCAGUGGGUCCCAGACUUCUGGAAAAUGUCGAAUCUUGUCGUUUCGAUAGUAAGCAAGGUUCUUUCGGGAUCAUGGAGGCAGUGUGCGGAGAUGCCGAAGACUGGCAUGCCUGGGGUGCAGUCGCCGGAACAGAUCCAGUAUCAUGGGGGUGCCAUUGCUGUAGUGCAGUAGCGGACUCGGCUUGA